AGCCGGGCCAGGCCGCUGCUGUGCGCCGUGUGAGCUGUUCGAGGACCCGCUGGAGGAUCAGACAGAAUAACAACACAGCGGAGGAACCAGGACACGAUCCGGAGCAGAAACAGGCAGAGAUCAGCCCUGGAGUUCAGUGUCGGACCCCGGGAGAGAGAGGCGAACCCGCCUCGUACCUGUGAGACUUGCUCCGGAGAGGAGACCCCCGGGUGGAGCUCUGCUGGAGCCGUACUCCCUGGUAGCUAGCCGGCUAACUUGCAGCGUUAGUGCCUGAAUUUGCACCAAAAACUGGGGUUAAUCGCGCCGGAGUUGUGCGUGGACACCCACUUCCCCCCGUCACCCUCUACCCGCAUGCAGGUGAGGUCCCGCCGACCGCCUUGUCCCGCAGAACCAGCCGGUUAGCUCGCUAGUCCGGAGGAAGGACCGACCCGUCGGCGCAGCAGCGAGCCGGUGACCCCGCACUUUCGCUCGGCGUGAGCAUCGGCGCCAUGCCGCGGCUUGAAAGCGGCCUGUCCGAGGAGCUAACCCCGGCGAGCUAACGCUAGCUGGGCACGACAGGCCGCCUCCGAUGGUCGCUACCUCCACACAGGCGGCUAAUUCGACCAGUCACAGCCCCGCACCGGGGAAGCACCUGGAGCUUCGUGUCAGCUCCAUGCUUUGAUCAACGUGAGAGGCAAGACACGCCGGUAAAGCGUUCAGCUAGCCGGCUCGCCAUUAGCGACCGGGCGGUUGUUUACAGUGUGCUAGCUUGUUUAUCUCUGCCAGGCACAGUUAGCCUGCGAGCGGGGAAAGACGCUUUACAUCCCCGGGCUGAGGCUCGUGUUUUAUAAUAAUUUACACUUCGGUACGAACAGCACCGACCCCGGCGUGUUCGGGCCGAACCGGACCGAAGCAGCGGCCCGAGGGUGUGACUGAGGCUGGAGGAGAGUCUCUAGUCCACACAUGUGUCAACAGAGCUUCUGAGGGUUCUGCUUUCACUCCACUGAACAUCUCCCGGUGGAGGAGCCGCACACCGGAAGGCUGGGCUGGUUCUCCCGGAGCACAACGAGACAUAUCAGCCAUUCAUUCAUGAUUGAUGAUCUUUGAGGAGGCAGACUGUCCUUUCUCCAGGUCCCCCCCCCCCCCCUGCACCAGGCCACCUCCAGUCUGUGCUGGGCUGUUUACCUCCGAGCCACUCAUGUAACCUGGCCCAGAGAGGACACGGGACCUUGGUUUGACUUUCUGAACGUUGGUCUUUCCUGUUCUAUUCCCCACUGACACCUCACUGGAGCCACUGGAGGUUGGGGGGGAACAUGAGGAGCACGCCGUCUGAUCAGGACCGGCGUCCGAGCAGCUCCAGGAUCUGAUCAGAGCCCCGCAGAGAGCCAAGAGGACUGAGACCCGAAGGAGAGGACGAGAUGGGGAUCAGAGAGGCCCAGUGACCGCACUGACCCCCCCCGCACCAGGAAGCAGACAUGAGUCUCCGCCAACCCACCUCCACGCUGGACAGGCUCAACAGUCUGACCAUCGGGGACUCGGAGCGCAAAUCCUCUGCCACCCAGCAGAGGGAGCCACCGCCUGACAUCAUGCUUGAGACCACGGGUCCUGGUCUAGUCCAGAGAUGUGUGGUCGUGCAGAAGGACCAGCUCGGUUUCGGCUUCACAGUUUGUGGAGAGAGAGUGAAGCUCGUGCAGAAUGUCCGACCAGGGGGCGCAGCAGUCAAGGCCGGAGUCCAAGAAGGGGAUCGCAUCAUAAAGGUGAACGGCUCGUUGGUGUCGUCCAUGUCCCAUCAGGAGGUGGUGAAGCUCAUCAAAUCUGGGCCCUAUGUAGCUCUGACACUACAGGGACCUCCCCCAUCAGCUGCCUCCUUGCCCCUGGAGCCCCUCCACACUGACCUCACCCCCAAUCAAAGAACGUCUCUCGGUGGGGAGGCUCCACCCCCUCCACCUCCGCCCCUACCCUCUGGACUGAGCAGCAGCCCUUCCCAAAGAAUCACUGGACCCAAACCACUACAGGACUCAGAAGUACAAAAACACGCCACUCAGAUACUCAGGAAGAUGCUGGAGCAGGAAGAAGCCGAGCUGCAGGACCUGAUGGAGGAGCACUCGAGGAACCCGUCAGCGGCCCUGCUGGAGCGGAUUGAGAGCGCCAAGAGGAGGGCUCACCAGGUCAGGGUCAAGAUCCAGCAAGAUGUGGAGGGAACACGAUCAGAGUCGAUCGCCAGUUACUUCAUAGCAGGAGAAGGGCGACAAUCAGUGGACGUGAGUGAAGGAGACGUGGAGGCCUUUGAGAGUCCCCACUCCUCCCCCUCAUCCUCCUUCAGGACCCCCUUCCACCGACGGCAGAGCUCCGACACUCACACCCUCUCUGACUCGGGUGGAAAGGCCCAGAUCAUCGGCCCUGAGGAAGAGGAUGAAGAAGAUGAUGGUUAUGCAUUUAAUGAGAUGGACGGCCCCUUCCAGGACAUUGAGUUGUUGAAAUCUCGACCAGCUCACAUGACGGUGUUCAUGAGAUACGUCUUCACUCAGCUGCUGGACCCAAACCCACUGCUGUUCUACCUGUCGGUGGAGGCCUACCUGGGCUCCAGUCCGAAAGAUGCCCGCGCACUGGCACCGCAGAUCUGCUCCCAUUUCCUGGACCCGGACGCUCCGCUGAAAAUCAAAGUGCGGGAGGAGUUUCUCACAGAUAUCGAGAGUCGGCUGCAUGCUCAGGAGGACAUCAGAGGACCUCUGUCCGAGCUGCAGCAGCUGGUGCUGCCGGACAUUCAGGACCAGAUACAGGACUACAGGAACAAGCAGAUGAUGGGUCUUGGCUCCCUGUUUGGAGAAGGAGACCUGCAGCACCUGGACGGAGACCCGGCCAAAGAGAGACAGGUGGUGGACAGACAGGUCACCGCCCUCUGGGAGAUACUAUCGAAGCACGAAGAAGACAGAAGUUCUCCUCUGGCAUCAGCGGUCCUCCUCUACCUGCGUCACUCUGGCAUCAAGCUGAGAGACUCCAAGGUGUUCCCGGGUCUGAGCACAGAGAAGGAGAAGUGGCUCGCCUUCUUGAAGACCAAGAAGCUGAGUGGAACCAAGAAGGAAAAGGAAAAAGAUGGAGAGGAUAAAAAGAGAAAUCCCAUCCUGAAGUACAUCAAACCCCGCUCCACAUCCCAGUCCACAUUCCAUGUCCCGUUGUCACCCAAUGAAGUCCGUCCUGGCAGUGUGAGGAACAUCAUUCAGCAGUUUGAGAAUCACACGGAGACGACAGGAGAGGAGGGAGGUGAAGCUGCUGACCCCCCCCGGCUCUCCUCCAGCAGCCUGGGAGAAGACAGCAUGGACAGCCCGACGGUCUCAGUGCGUCUGGCACGCAGCGAGUCGCUGAAGGCUCAGGGCGAAGGGCGCCGGAGGGGCGUGGCCUCUGUGGCGGAGUCCGUCCCCCGCUCACGGAGCGAUGUGGACAUGGAGGACUGUGGGGAGGAGCGGGAGGGGCCGGGCCUCAGGCCGCUGCAGCACAGCGCCUCGUCGUCUGCGUCCAGCAGCUCUGCACGGUCUCUAGAGAACCCUACACCCCCAUACACGCCUCGCUCUCGACGCAGGAGCGUGGACUCACCGCUGGCCCUGCUGCCGGACGCCGUGGCGUUGGAGGAGGAGGUGUGUGACGGUCAGAACUGGCAGGACACGGUGUCUCCUCAGCUCCUCGCCACGCUCAGCCCAAAGGAAGUGGACAGACAGGCGGUGAUAUAUGAGCUGUUCACCACAGAGGCGUCCCACCUGCGGACCCUGAGGGUCCUGGACCAGGUCUUCUUCCAGAAGAUGAGGUCUGUCCUGAACUCUGAUGAGCUGGCCUGCAUCUUCCCCAACCUGCCUCAGGUCUACGAGCUCCACGCGAGUCUGUGCGAGGCGAUGAAGAAGAGAAGAGAAACUCCCAUCGUCCAGGACAUCGGGGACGUCAUGCUGGCCAGGUUUGAAGGAGCAGCUGGAGACGAGUUCCAGGAGCAGGCGUCGCAGCUGUGCAGUCAGCAGUCUCAGGCUGUGGAGCUCAUCAAGAACAAGAAGCGCAAAGACCCCCGCUUCGCUCACAUCAUCCAGGAGUGUGAGGCCAGUCCCCACUGUCGGAGGCUGCAGCUCAAAGACCUGCUGGUUUCAGAGAUGCAGAGAAUCACCAAGUACCCUCUGCUGCUGGACAACAUCAUCAAACACACCGAGGCCGGGCGCUCAGACCUGCCCUCACUACAGCGGGCUCAGGCCUGUUGCAGAGGAAUACUGCAGGUGGUCAAUGAGGUCGUUGGGGAAACCGAACACAGGCAACGUCUCAGCCAAUACCAACGCAGACUGGACGCUGCCCCCCAGUUCAAGAGUUUGGACCUGACCACAAAGAGGAUGAUCCAUGAAGGUCCUCUCACCUGGAAAGUGAGCAAGGACAAGCAGAUAGAGAUCCAAGCGCUGCUGCUGUCAGACUGCCUGGUCCUCCUGCAGAGGGGCCCGGACGACCGGCUGCAGCUGAGAUACCCGUCCCGCUGGCUGGGGGGGGGCAGCGUCGGAGGCAGCGCAGACAGCAAGACGUCCUUCAGCCCCCUGGUGAAGCUGGACUCGCUGCUGGUCCGCCCAGUAGCCACAGACAACAAGGCGCUCUACAUCAUCAGCACCACCGAGCGGCAGAUCUACGAGCUGGUGGCCGGCACGUCAUCGGAGAAAAACACGUGGAAAGACCUCCUUGAGAAGACGGUCUCAUCGGCCGACGGCUCCUCUCCUCUGAUCAAUCACGGCUGUAUUCCGAUUCCUUCUCCCAGUACACGCAGUGCAUCCCCAGUUUCAACCACCAGCAAUGUCUACGCAGACAACUCCUUGACGGAGCAGUCCGUCUCCCUGGACGCUCAUUCCUCCGAGGACACGGCGCUCUCUGACCACACACCCAUGGACCAAUCAGGAGCUUUCCUCUGUGGUGAAAGACGAACAGUGUGUGUGGCCGAGGCCGCGUUACAAGACGUGGAAACUCUGCGGCGCCUCAUAAUACGAGACCUGGAGGACGAUGGGUGGAGCCAUGGCUCGGAUGACACACCCACCAACGAGACGGCCAAUGAGGGGAGCUCACUCAGUGAAAGGCAGCGACCGGAGUCUCUGGAGACCAUCCUGAACUUCAGCACGGACGACUGGGAGGCGGAGCCUGACGAGGGACCCCCCCCAGACGCUGAGCCGCCCGGCGUCCAGGUCGUGAGGACAGCUGUGGUUGCGGGUCCUCCCUCUUCUUCUUCUUCUGUCCCUGAUGGCAUCACUGAUGAUGUCACCCUCCCUUCCGACCAAUCGUCCGAGCUGAGCGGCGAAGCGUCUGCGCAGGGGAACACCUUCUACUUGGUCAUGCCCACAGAGGUGGGAGAGAGCAACUCUGAUGACCUCAUCGACCCCCCCACCUCCAGCCACUCCCCUCGGCCUCUGGAGGAGGCGACGUCACCGCAGCCGGAGGAGGCGGAGGAGCCAGCCUGUGGUCCGGAGCCCGACCAAUCAGAGGCCACGCGGCAGGAGCAGGAAGAGGAGACGGCUCCAUCGCAGGCCGGGCACCAGAGUAACGUGAUCAGAAACGUGGACGAGAUUUUCCACACGAUCGAGGGCUUGAUGAGCAAGUUGCGUCACCUGAAGGAAAUAGAAAAGGAUCAUCACAAGCUUUUGAGAACCAUCACUGAGCUGUCUGUCAAUCAGGAGCCCGAGGAGCAGCAGUGUCACUCAGCCACUGUCUCCAGGACGCCCUCGCUGGACCGCGGCUCGGGGGACGUAAAAGAAGUGAGUGCUGCAGAACCCAGGAUUCAGUCGACUGGAUUCUGACGUCCCUCCAGAGGAUCUACUCACAGUCAAUCACUUUGGAUUGGUGGCAUACGGACUUAACCACAAGGAGCUGCUGUCGGACUCGGCCCCCCUCGCCCCCCUCCACCCUCGCCCCUCGUCCCUGCACCGCCCGGUGGAGCAGAGCCGAAGACGCACCGCAGCCACCGCUCUAGUGGUUCUGGUUCCCACUGACACCGAGAAGCCGGUCGGACUGGUCAGGAUCUGUGUGAGUCUUCUCCCAGAGCAGCAGGGAGACCAGGGGCAGCUGAGGAACAAGUAUGAAUGAUAUUUUUUUUUUUAAAGGCAGAAGACAAGUUGACGAGCGAGGAGAAGAGUAGAAGUCGGAGGAACUGAAAGUUGGAUGUUCGUGAAGGAAAAAGAGUUUUCAAAGAUCUGGUUGAAGGAGCAGAAAAGUGUUGAAAUGUUUAAUUUAAGGAAAAAUCCAAGGGACCAUCAUCCCAGCACUUUACCCACAAUCCAUCCCUCUGUCAUGGACAUCCUCUCUGCAGUGGACAGAUCAGGGACUGGACCCCCCCCCCCGUUCCACUGGUUGCUUUACACUGAGUUCACCUGCCACGAUGGCUGAGUUCUGUGUGUGUCUAUCAUUCAGGUUAUUUGCACUGGGUAAGGAAACCAUGAUCACCAUGUUUAACCAUUUCGCUCGUUUCAGUCGUUCAUAUUCCUCCUGAGAAACAACAGAGUUAUUAUCUGUGGGAUCAGUUGCAGCUGUUAUAAGUCGACAUGUUGGUUGUGUGAGUUCCAGCUCUGGAAACACUACUGCGCUGUUUACUACUGAAUGCUGGCAGGUUUUAUUUCCAGCGCUGCUCCAGAGGCGCACAUCUCAGUUCCCAGCACAACGAGCUCCGCGGAGUCACGCAGAUGUUCCAGCACAUGAAGAAGUGGAGCUGGAAGCUGUGGGAGACUCGGGGUCAGAGGUCACGACGGGUUCAAUGUUGUCGGCGAACGAAACACAGAUUCAAACUCAGAAACUUGAACUCUCCGUGAAAACCGGUUCAUCCAACACAAAACAAUUGCUGCCAAAUAUUGCCGCCAACAUGGCCUGUCUACAUUUUCACUGUGCAUCCUUUAGUCCUCUCCAGUGUACUCAGUGUGAGUCUGUGUGUGUCUGUGAGUGUGUGUGUGAAUGCCACAGUAAAUACCAGCAUCUUCUCCCCAAUCCACUGGUCUUACCAUACAGUGUUCAUAUCCCACAUCUGUGACCAGGAGCAGCUUUCCAGCUCAACAUGAGAGAUGUGUUUCUUUGCUUUCUGCAGAGCGUCAGAUAAGAGGAUUGAUUCCACGCUCACGUCUGUGCAGUACACAUGAAUCCACGGCUAGUUAGCUUAGCAUCAACACAGGGACACAGCUGUCUCAUGGACUGUCAGCGUGAGACAGACAAAUUAACAUGAUGCAUUAAUCCAGGAGCUUUGAAGGAGCAGGUCUGUGGAUUGUGUUCCACGGACCUGCUCCACCUCUGUGGUGUUGAUCUUCUCAUUUAACUCUGUGCAUGAAACGCAAAGAAGCUUAUUUCUGCUCGGACUAUUUUUGGAUCCAGUGCAGAAGCAGCUCGUCCCUGGUGCUCACAACCAGCCAAGUCUUUAUCUGUCUCUCAUGCUCAUCAACACUAGACACAAGAUGUGUAUCUAAACUGCGAAGUCACUUCUUUAUGAGAAGUUUUUCGCCUCUUUGUCUAACCAGGCGGAAUCACACUGGACUGCAUUUCAUUUGAGCUGGUUUCAAAUACGACCCGGGGACGGUUGUAGUGAGUCAGCUGACCUCUUCACCAGCUUCAGAGCCAAUCACAGCCUGAACACUGUCAGCCACUGAGUCUACUGUUAAAGGAGACGAGGCCUCUUCUGUUUCUCUUUCCUCUUCAUGUGACAUCACAAACACAGAGCAGCUAACAGAGGCAGGUAGAGCGAGAGCAGAGUUCCCACAUGGGCUGCAAUUCAUCGACCAAUCAGAGCAGACUGGUCUUCAUCAGGGGAGGGGGGGGGGUUUAAAGAGACAGGAGCUAAACCAAGUAUUUGAGACAGAGGCUGAAAAGAGGAGCUGCAGCGAUGGGCAGUCUGAUGACAGUAAUAACACAAAUUAAAAUGAUCAACGUGAAUAUGUUUCCUUUAAAGUGACGGUUCACUGCCGGGUGGGAGGUUUUUACUCUUUAGCCAGCGCCCCCUAGAGGAGCAGGAGUAGAUGUACAGGUUUUCUAUGACUGAACGAGAGCUGUGCUACGAACAACGAGCACGACUCCGUGUCUCCGCUGAUCCCUUGGGAGCCCACAGAGGAAUUUGUGCUAAAAUGUAAAAAACGUUCGACCAAAGUGAAUUCUGUCUCCGCAGGUGUUGAAGGGAACAUUCCCCCUUUUUCUUCACGUGUCAUGUGAAACUCUGUAACAUGAACAUAUUUCCAUAUCGAGCUGUGGACACAGGCAUCACACAAAGUAAUGAGUUUAUCAGAUCAUCACUUGGUCCUUGGUGGUUGAACCCAACAUGUUGGAUCUCCUCUCCUUUAUUUUAAAACAUUCUCCUCUUCUUUCCUUCCACUCUAACUACAUUUUUUUUUUUUAAAUCUUCAAUUUCUACCUCUACACUUAACUUUCUUUACAUCUUCUCUUAUUUCUCUUUGUUUCUCACACAUUGACAUCAGCGUUGUGGCCCUAACCGGCUUUAAAGAAGCUAUAACUGAUUCCUUUUAUAUAAAAAAGUUAAUGUUGCACAAACAAAACUCCCCUGCACGGUGCAAACUACUGUAUGCAUACACACGUCUUUAACUCUCAUCUCAUUGUCCUUUUAUUUUGUCUUUUUUUAAAUCUUGUUCACACAUGUAAUAUAGAGAAAUCAGACCCACUUGUUUUAUAUAUGUUAAUUUUUUUCUGUAAAGCCUUAGUCCUCGUAUUUGAUUUUAUUUUUGUAGAUAUGAUUAAAAAAAGAAAAGGAUGUAUAAAUUAUUUUCUUCGCCCUUGUUUUUAAAAUUGGUGAGAUUGUUAGCUGCACAGAAGGAAAACCGGAGCUCGUGUUUCAGAUUCAUGUGUUUUGUGAGAUUAAAAAGAAACUGGAUAAAGAAA